ACUUCCUUAUCAAAACACGGAAGCUGCGACGAUAACCAGAAAAAAAUGGAUAUAAUGCGCAUUUAAGACUGUAGUUAGAUACAGUAUUGUUUUAUAAAUUCCACAUUUAUUUCCUAGCAUAGUCAGAAUGUAUUCAACCUAAGUGUCGUACGGAUAACCACCGUAGGUAUGUAGUAAAAUUAGCUAACGUCUCUGUAAAUACUUAACGUGAGCUAGCUGCUUAGCAGCGGUGAGUGAAAUAGAUUAAAAUGGGGAAGAACAUGUUUAGGACCGGGUUUCUGGUUCGGGCCGCACACACCCUGCUAACCUGGGUUAUAACCCUCAUAUUGUGCCUUCACAACACCGAUUUGCGGCAGUGUGAGGAGCGAGGAGAGCUUGUGCCGGUUCUGUUCUUCCUCCUGGUCGUGCUGUCGGUGGUGCUAUACUUUGCUGUUUCUUUAAUGGACCCUGGCUUUGUUCUCACUGACACUGUCCAGGGCGUUCAGGGUUCAAAUGAGGAAAUGGAGUUGAUGAUUCCUGAGACUUCAACCCCUCGGCUGCGGCGCUGUGGAUACUGCCUGCUACAGCAGCCAAUGAGAGCGAAGCAUUGUCAGACAUGUAAAUGCUGCGUUCGGCGCUUCGACCACCACUGCCCAUGGAUUGAGAACUGUGUGGGAGAAAGGAACCACCGCUGGUUCAUCAUCUACCUGCUGGUGCAGCUACUCGCUCUGCUGUGGGCCCUUCACAUCGCUCUGUCUGGUAUUUCACCUAUCGUCACGUGGGAGCUGUGGUUUAGAGCAAACGGGUUCCUGUUGGCAGCGCUGGGUGUUGUUGGUGUUUUCUCGGUGGUGGUGGUGCUGCUGCUGGGCUGCCACCUGUACCUGGUCUCCAUCAACUGCACCACCUGGGAGUUCAUGUCACGUCACAGGAUUUCGUACCUAAAGAACUGCGGAGACGAGCAGAACCCUUUUGACCGCGGACUCUUCUGCAACCUGUGGGAUUUCUUCUGCAUCUGCAGGACAGUGAUGUGGGAGCAAAUGUACUACAGAAACAACCCAAACUCGGUCUGACCUCAAACUUGACAGCACGUCACCGUUUACACUGAAGCCUAGACACCGCAUUAAGGGAAAGAAAAUCAUUUCACAACCUUAAAAGCAGAUUUCAAUUAUUUCUCUUCUGGGUAGAACGUAAAACUGAAUUGGACCAUAACAUGUUACUUAACUAUCUGUUGCAAGCUGGUCAGCAGACAUACAACCAGACAUUAAGCAAAUAACCUGCAUUCACCUGGUUAUAGCUGACUAAUUUUUCAAUACUGUUGUACCUGAUUUUGAUACAGAUAAAAAAUAUGAUACCUCAUUUUGCUAACUUUUACUGCUAGCACAUUUUUGUACAACACAAAAAACAUUUUAACCACUCUAGCAGUGAUGCCACUGUCUGUUUACUGGUGAUGAUUCCUAAGGACUUUGGUGUAGGGCUGUCCCCGAAUAAGGAUUUUCAGAGUCUGCACUUCUAACUGAUGCAUGGACUCCAAAAAAGGAGUGUUUUCUCUUUAAUACACCUUACCUACAAAAUGAGAAAUAUAUUCCUCACUCCCUUGCCCAGUUAGUGUCAGUUCAGUGCACAUACAGAGCUGCGACCCCAUUCUCAUUAGCCUCAGCUGUACUGUGGUUUCAAUGCUAAUUAGCAAAUUAUACUAUUCUUAUACACUAAACUGAAAUGGAUACAAAUUUAAAUAUUAUACAUGCUUAAUAUUAGCACGCUAACUUUAGCAUUUAGCUGAAAGCACAUUGCAGCCUAGCAUAGCUAUAAACUCACAACUAGCAUCUGGCUGGUGGACCGUAACUUCCCCUUCCUUCACUGUUUGCAGACAAGUCCUGAAUAUUUAGUUAAACUUUGGUCAGGGAAGAAUGUGGGGGUUGUUUUGUGCUUUUUAUUGUUACUACAGACCCUUUCUGACUACAGUAUGUCUUGAAAAUGACUCACUGAUUCAGUGCACUCCAGGCAACAAGAUUGAGAACUUGGGAGUUACCUGGCGUUUGCUGUGUCCACAAUCACAGAAAUGCAAAAAUCCCCCAAUAUUUUCUGUCUGUUUUGUUGAAAGAAUGAAGAAAUCCACUCAGUCUGAUUGAAACAGUUUUUCCUCAGGUCUGGUCACCACUUUCACUUGUGUUUCUGUUGUUGCCUUGUGAGAGUGGUGACCCAACAAUAUAACACUAAUUGCCUUUAUGUAUGUUGCAAAUAAUGUCUUGUACCUUGUAAACUAAUUUUACUGUUAAAAUUUAAUUAACCAGUAGAUCUUUACAUGCAGAGAAAAUAUUUAGCAAUUUGCAUUUGUUCAGUUUGUAUUUAUUGACAACAAGAGUACAUUAAAACACUGAUGAUAUGCA